AUGGCGACUUAUCUUACCCUACCAGCGGAUCUUCCCAAUCACGACCAAGGUUUCCAGCCUGAUGAGGAUGUUCAACACCAAGUCCAUACCAUCGCUCAACACUGGCUAUCGCAAGUGGACCGAGCUGCUGUUACCAAUGACAGCGACUUAUUCGCUUCCUUGUUCGUAAAGAAUGGUUUCUGGCGUGAUAUCCUGGCGUUCACAAACGACUAUCGAUCUAUACGCUCUGGCAACAUCGCUAAGGCUGCGAAGGCCAGAUUUCCAGUCGUCAAGGCUCGUGACUUCACCUUUGCAGCGAAGCAACCAUCCGUCGAGCACCCAUUCCCCGAUGUCACGUUCGUUUCCGUCCACUUUGACUUCCAAACUGAGACUGGACCGGCAUACGGCAUCGCUGCUUUGGUCUAUGAAGACAAACAAUGGAAAGCUUUCACCGUGUUCACCCUGUUGGAAGGCAUACAUGGACACAAACAGAAAGUAGGGGCGAAUAGGGCGAGGGGUACGCAUAAUGCUAGUUUAUCUUAUGACGAGCAAUUGGCAAGGGCUAGAGAGUUCACUGAUUCCAGCCCGGAAGUUCUUAUCGUCGGUGGGGGACAUAAUGGUUUGGCUGCUGCUGCUCAGUUGAAUACUCUUGGAGUCUCAAACUUGGUCAUAGAUACGUACAAAAGGGUCGGUGACAACUGGAGAUUGAGAUAUCGAUCACUAUCACUGCACGACCCCGUUUACGCCAAUCAUCUUCCCUUCUACCCCUUCCCCGAGAACUGGCCCAUCUUCACGCCUGCUGGAAAACUCGCAAACUUCUUAGAAUCCUAUGUUGAUGUCCUUGAGAUUAAUGUGUGGACACAAUCCUCGCUCGACCCCAAGCGUACCAAAUUCAAUGAACAAACCAAAAAAUGGGACGUUGUCAUUAACCGAACCCACCUUAGUGGUAAAACAGAGACCAGGGAGUUCUCAGUCGGUCACAUCGUCCUCGCUACCGGUCUAGGUGGUGGUAAACCCAAGAUGCCUGCACCUUUCCCUGGACAGAACGAGUGGGCUGGUCGAGUCGUUCACUCAAGCAAGCACACAUCUGGUUCUGAUUGGACGGGCAAGAAGGCAUUGGUUGUCGGAGCUUGUACCUCGGCACACGAUUUAUGUGUGGACUUUGCCAAGAACGGUGCCGAUGUCACCAUGCUGCAACGAUCGCCAACCUACGUCAUGUCUGUUGACAAGGGUAUGGCAAUGCUCGUGUCUGGUCUUUACGGUCCUCACGGCCCUCCUACCGAUGUUGCUGAUAGAAUCGCGGAAAGUAAUCCUAAGAUCAUCGCCAAGCUCUACCACAAGCGACUCAUCCCUCAAUUAGCUGAGCAAGACAAGGAGAUGUUGGAUGGAUUGAAGAAAGCUGGCUUCAACUCGUGGCUGGGUCCAGAAAACGCCGGAUUCUUGAUGAUGGCUCUCGAGAAAGCUGGUGGAUACUAUUUCUCUACCGGCGGAUCCGAAAUGAUUAUCAACGGUGACAUCAAAGUCAAGCAAGGCGAGAUUGCCUCAUUCGACCCUAAAUCAUCUAUCACCUUCAAGGAUGGAUCCAAGGAGCAAUACGACGUUGUCGUCUUUGCCACCGGAUAUACCGGUUUCCCAGACACCAUCCGAGCUACUGUCGGGGAGCAAUACGCGGAGACCUUCAACCCAGUGUGGGGGCUUGACGAAGAGGGAGAGAUCCGAGGAGUUGCCCGAGAGUCCAACAUUCCUAAUCUAUUCUUCCUUGUCGGUAACCUCUCGGCUUGUCGAUUGUCCUCCAAGGUCCUCGCUUUGCAGAUCUUGGCUCAAAAGGAAGGUAUUUUCGGAGAGAGAUACACGUACGCCAAACAAAAAGCCGAUGGAGACAUUGACGAUGCAACAGUGUUCAAGGCUAUCAAUGGACUUAAUGGCCACCCACAGCCCGUUGAAGACAAGGUGUAA